AUGUUAUUUCAAAUUUGUCUUAUUGUUUCGUUUUUAACAACAAAUUGUGCUCUUCAACUUAAUUUUUAUACAUCUGUUGGUCAAGUUCGACAAGAAAUUUCGUUGAAAGAUGGAUAUUUUCAAGCGUAUUUUACUGAUGAAGAAUAUAAUGCUAUUGUACCAGGAACAAUUGAUUUUCCUGGCCAAAAAAUAAUUGAGCAAGAUUUAUACAAUUCAAAUGAAGAAUUACGUAAUACUAAUAUUUUUAUUCGUUUUAAUAAAUAUCAAAAUAAUCAAAUAUCAGAAGCAAAAUUAAUUGAUCCUUAUUCAUUAUUAAUUAAACAUAAUUCAUCCCGAUAUAUUUAUGUGUCACGUGAUCAAAUUGAAUUUAAUAACAAUCCAUUAAUGGAUGGAAUGAUCUUAUCUGCUCGAUUAGAUAAUUCAACUAUAAAGAAAACUAAUAUGACUUAUUUAACUCGUGGUCUUUGGUGGACACCAAGAUAUGAAGUUAACGUUAUUGAUGAUCAAUCUGCUACUCUUCGAGCUCUAGCCGAUAUUAAUAAUGAACAUAAACGUCUCUUCGAAAUUAUAAACAGUCAAUUGAUUACUGGUAGCGUUCCAUUAGCUUCAAAUUCUAUGCGAGUACCAACUUCAAUGGAUACACAACGUGUAGAAUAUUUAGCAGGUGCUAUGACUGAUACAUCUUCAUCAAUAUCAUCUACACCAGAUUCAACAAAUUUUGGUACUUAUUCAUAUAAUAUAAUACGUGAAUUUUAUCUUCUACCAAAAUCUAUUAAAACAUUUCCAUUUCUAUCAGCUAUGAUAUCAUUUAAUUAUACACUUGAAACAACAAUAUAUUUAUCAGCUGGUACGAAUUCUGGUUUAUUUCAACGUACAUUUAUUAUACGACCAUCGGAAUUUUUACCAGCUGGUACAAUAACAUUUUAUUUAGCAACAACAGGUAUAACUUUAGGUCAAGGUCGUUUAGCAGAUACACCAAAACAGAAUGAACAAAAAAUAAGUUUAGGAAAUGAUCCUGAUGUCAAAUUUACUAUAAUUAGUGUUAUAACAGCUACUCGACAAACACCAACAUAUGGACAAGAUGUUAAUGUGAAUGUAACUAUUUCAAAUCGAAAAGAUAAACAAAUUGUAUCAGUUAAAUUAACUAUUAAUAAUGGAUAUCAAUUACCAGAAAAUUUUCUCAAAAAUUCAAUUAAUUCAUUAAUAUCAAUUGAUUUACAAAGAAAUUUAUUUCAAUCAAUACCAAAUUUAUUUGGUCAAAAUUUUAUUUCAUCAAAAUUAACAGAUUUUGAUCUUAGUUCAAAUCAUAUAUGUACAUUAAAUAAAAAUGAUUUAUAUAGAUAUGAAAAUUUAAAAACUAUUGGUCUUACUGGUAAUCCAUUACAUUGUAAUUGUCAUUUACGUUGGCUUAAACAGUGGUUAAUUAAAAAUUAUGAUUAUGAUUUAAUUAAAUUUCUUCAAUGGACAUGUGCAACACCUAUGAAACUUAUUGGAAAACAAUUAACAAUUAUUGAUGAACAAGAUAUGAUUUGUUUAGAAAAUGAUUAUUCGCAAUGUCAACCUAGUCAAAAUUCAUCUAUUAUUAAAUCAACAAGUACACAAUUAACAACUAUUAAAAGUACAAGUACAUCAACAAUAAUUGAUGAAUUAAUAAUAAAUGAUAUAUCAUAUAAUCCAAAUGGUAUGUUAACUAUAACAUGGGAUUAUAUGUUAUCAACAUUACCAAGAUAUUUUCAUUUACAAAUUUAUGAUGAUAUAAAUCGUGAUGUUAUAUUACAACGUUUUAUUGAAGGUGAUCAACGUUCAAUUGAAAUUAAUAUAAAAGAUUAUUUAAAUGAAUCUUCAACAAUUUAUAUGAUUUGUCUUAAUAUUCGACAAAAUAAAUAUUGUCGAAAUAUUCAAUUCCAACAAAUAAAAUCAUCAUCACUUAUUUUAUCAUCAAAUAAACAUGACAAUUAUCAAUCAUUACAAUAUAUUUAUCUUCUUAGUGGAAUAUUUCUUGGAGCUAUAUUUGUUUCUAUUCUGCUUAUUAUUGUUUGUUGUUGGCGUAUACGUCAUAUAUCAAAAGAUAAACUAUCAAAUUCUAUUGAAAAAAUACCAACAAAUACAUUAUAUCAUCCACCACCUCGUUCUUCUAUAUUUUAUCGUCCGUUAAAUAUUAUAAGUUAUCCACAACAACAACAACAACAACAACAUAGUUGUGAUACAAGUGAAUGUUCAAUACAUUCAUCAACUGAUACAAGUCAAUUGGCAAAUGAUUCUUAUCAUGUAUAUCAACAAAUUCCAUCUGUAUAUAAUUGUCAAAUACAUCCAACUAGGACACAUAUUCUAGUAUGA